GCUCCGAGAUGCAGUUGGUUGCAGACGGUUCCUCCUUGUGUGUAAGGGGGAGGCCGGCGAUGGGGUGCCCUGGGGAGACUGGAGCGGGGCUGACGCUGCCGGGGAGGCGAUGGGGGAAGCCCCCGGGAGCCCCGGUGGGCAAUAAGGCCGCGGUACUGGAUCCGUGUCCUCCCCACCGCCCGCCACGGCUGCUCCCGCUAUCCCUCCCUCCCUCCCAGCCUGCCUCCCGCCCAUCCGCGACUGUCGCCUCUCGCUGUCACCCAGCUCUCCCGGAGCCGGGUCCCUUCUCCCUGGCAUUGCCUGACCGGGAAAGGCGCCUGACUCAUCCCGGCCGGGCCCCGGCAGAUGCCAGAAGGAGCAGCCCCAUCCCGUUGCCCUGCGCCCGUGGAAGGAGGGCAACGCUGCUCCAGACUCACCUCGCUCCUGGGUGGUGAGGAGAUCUUGGCAAGGCAGAUCGGCUGCUCCUGCCAUGCCCCACUUCUUGGAUUGGUUUGUACCCGUGUAUCUGAUGAUCUCCAUUCUUAUCCUGGUGGGCUUUGGAGCUUGCAUCUACUACUUUGAGCCAGGACUCCAGGAAGCCCAUAAGUGGCGAACACAGAGGCCGAUCAUGGAACGAGACCUUCGGAAGACACUGAUGAUUCGGGACAACCUGGCUUUUGGAGUGCCUGAGGUCUGACAAGCUGCCCAUCGCAUCCAGAGGAGUUUCUACUGGAUGGGCAGCAGAUCACAAGCCUCAGUAGGGAUGACAGUCCUGGUGCAAGCGGGGCUGGUGAUCACUUUGCUCUUUGCUGAUCUGGGUCUUGUACUCAUCACUCACCAUUCUGCCCCUUUGCUUCUUAGUCAAGGUUUGUGUGGCACUGUAGACUUGGGUUUCCCAUGUGCUCACAGGUCUUCACCCAGCCAAAGACUUCUGCUCCUCCCCAUGGCCAAGACUGAUGAACCCUUGUUAGUCACUUGAGUUUGAGCUGUCUGGCAUCUCAACACAACCUUCAGUAGGAAAGGUCUCAGCAGGGUACCAGUCUUGCAAAGGGAUACAGAACCUUUUACUCCUAUUCACGAAGUUAAAUCAAACCCAUUUUGUUUAAGUCCAGGGGGUAUUUUGGGGGAAGUAAAUGGGAUUUCAACACAGAUCAUUACUUCAGUUGAGCUCUUCACAGCACCCAUCCUUGGUGCUGGGAUAGUAAGCUCUGUGUAGUAAGCUGAAGCUCUGUGUAGAGAGGCCAAGGGCUCAGUGAGCCCCAGAGACUGACUGCCUUUACCACUGCUAAAGGCACACCACUUCUGUUUCUGUUUGGGAGGUGGAGAACAUUCAUCCAUCCAUCCAUCCAUCCCAGAUGCACCACAUUCAGAUUAAAGGUCUUUACUAAAGAGAUUUAUCCAAGUCCUGUGUCAAGUUGAGAAUAUUCUGCAUCUCUCCAUGAAGGGGUGCUGCCAGAUUUAUCAUAUAAGCUUCUCCUGAUCUGCCUGACCUUCUGCUCCUCUGUCGCAGAGUGAGAUGGGAUAGUCUGGGAGGCAUCUCGCACUUGGUCUCCUGUGCUCCAGAGCCCUAUGGCAUAGAUAGGCUCUCCCUUAACUGUCAUCCCAAAAAAGCUGUGAAUCAUCUCCUGUAUUUCACUGCAUGUGUUUGAGAAUGCCACUGAGCCUGGCAUCUGCAUGGGCCCAUUGUACCACCUCUGCUUUCUGGACCCAAGCUGUAUAGUGUGAGUCUGGCAGAAAAUCCCAUGUUUAUGGACUUCCUACACUGUUCUUGGCCCAAUUGGCCACCAAAAUGCUGUAUGAAGUUGUGACACUAGAGCUAAGAGGGACAUGCACACCUUCUCCCUCCCUGCCAGCCCAGUGAAUUGCUCAGUGUGCACAGGGAGGUUUGGAAGAGCUCUGAACCUGUGGCAGGAGGUUGUGUUACCUCUCCUCCCAUCCCAACACCCACCCUCUGGGUGCAGUAGGUGCAGCAGUGUUACCUAUGAACGCUCUGACAACAGAGGGGUCCUGUGUGCCCCACUCCUGAAUAUCCCAGGUAUGUUAGCCAGUGCAACAACCUCAUGUGCACAUCUGUGUAUCCUGUGCCAUCACCUGGGCCAGCCAGUAUCUUGGCAACUCACAUCUCCAGUGUCGUCCAUUGUGACAGCUCUGUUCUCCUUUUGGCAGUAGGAGUUCCUCAGGCCAGCUACCCAAAUCUUCCACAGCUCCUGGAUGGUUCGUGUCACUCAGCUUCACUUGUGAAUCCGUCAGUGUCAGUUUUGUCCUCCAUUCCCAAAGAAAGGAGAAGAGUUCAUUGGGUUGGUUAGAGUGAGUGAUGUGGGGAAAUGCAGUGAUUGGGAUUACUUCUGUGCCCAAAGUUUCGCUUGCCCUGGCAAGCAAAGGCUCAAAGCCCAGGUGUGUCCUGAAACUUCGUCAUUCUCUGGGGAUGAAAGUUAAUUUUUAGCUCUAAGGAAUAGGUCAGGACAUUCUACAAAUAUCCUGGGUUUUCCUGGAAUAUUUCAUACACCAGAUUGGAAAUGCAUUACCAUUCUCUUCCACAUCAGAACCAGGCACACUGUCAGGAGCUUUCUGGUUCUGUUUCAGAGAGAGAACAAGUCAAGAGUCCUUUCAUUCAGCCAAAUAACAGUGACUGUGAUGCAAGUACCCUAACUGAGGAGUCUCACUCGUCAGGGAAAUGCAGUGAGUGGGAUUACUCCUGUGCCUAAAGUUACACUCGCUCUGGCAAGCAAAGACUCAAAGAGCAGGUGCAGCUUGAAACAGGUACAUUUUUGUGCCUUGCUUACUUGGGGCUGUGAAAGGGAAAUGCCACGGGGUUGGGCUGCGUGGUUUGACGUGCCACCCUUGGCUGCAUGGCUCACAUCCCCUGCCCUCUGGCACAUCACAGCCAUAUUUCCAAGCACCAGCUUUUGACUCCCUCAUAGACUCCCUCAGACUGCCCUGCAAACAGACACAGCUGAGCUGAAGGGUAGCAGUUAAAACCUCUAUGCUGGAACUGAGGGGCUUGGAGCGAUCAGGGACAAGUUGAACCACCCCUGUGGGAAGGGGAGCCUGCACCCACAGGGAUUCCCUCUCCCCUCCUCCCUGUCUUCCUCUGCGUGCUGUCCUACCUGUUUUCACUUCCAAUCUGCCCACAACUUGAUAUAGAAAUUGAGCAAAAGAAGACAACAAGCAGAUGGGAGAUGGACUAGAGAGAAAAUAAUUAUUCAUCUCCUCUGGUUUGUGUUUUGCAUUGUUUACUGAUGCAUUCAACAUUAGGCCAGGUGUUUUUCAUGGCUAUGAAAGACUUUAUGGCCAGUAGUAUCAAGCCCUCCCCAGUGGAAUAAAAGUGUGUGACAAAC